UCCAGCCCCUCUACCUAGGACGAAGUCUGCAACAUGAUUAACAAGAAGUACAACGAGUUCCUCCCGAGCAUGGAGAGCGCCGAGGACUUGGUGUCGCAAGUGGACAGACUGUGCAGCGACAUCGACCUACUGAGAUCCAGGAUUGAGAAUGAGGUCCAGAAAGAUCUGAAUGUGGCUGUUGCAGAAUUUACUGAAUUGAAGCAGCAGCUGGAGCGAGACUCAUUGGUUCUAAGUGUGCUGAAACAGUUACAGGAGUUUGAUACAACUAUUAAAGACUACAGUACUGCAUUACUGGAAAAGAAGUAUGUAGCAGCAGCUCGCCAUCUGAAAAAGGCACGAAGUAGUCUGCAAAUGCUACAAUCCCGCAAAGGCUUUGAGCUGAAGGUUCUGAAAGCGCUAGGCAUGGAGCUGACGGUGCAGACCCAGAAUAUGCUCCAUCACCUGGGAGAAGAGUGGCGACAAAUGGUUUUGUGGACGCUUCCUCCUUCAAAAGAAAUCAGCAGUGCAGAGACGGUGAUGCAGACGGAGUUGCACUUACACACCAUGCCAGUGAAGGACGAUCAGAUCACUGGUGCUUCUGUGCUCCAGGCAUUUGCUAUCCUAGGAGAGCUGCGCUUCAGGCUUAAACAUUUUGGCCAAUUGCUGCUGAAGUACAUCCUCAAGCCCCUGAUCUCUUAUCCCUCCCUUCGACCCCUGCUGAAGGAGCAGCCUGACGCAGCCGUCUUGCACUUUGAGUCUGAGAAGCCUAAUCUGGAGCAUUCGUCCCCGGUGGAGGUUUUUGGCAAGAUCAAGCUGGUGCUUGAAGUUCUUCACAAACACUUGUUGAAUGUGUGUCUUGAUGAGUGUGGGGAAGACGACAAGGACUCCAAAGUGGUGGUGUCAGAGAUGCUGGGUGACAUAAUCUGGGAGGAAAUGUCCGACUGCCUCAUUCGGGACUGUCUGGUGUACUCGAUUCCAGCCAGCAGCAGCAAACUGCAGCAGUAUAUCGAGGUGAUUAAAUCUACAGAAGAAUUUGAGAAGAGCUUGAAGAACAUGGGGUUUUUGAAAGGAGAUGCCACGGACUUACUGAAAUACGCCCGCAACGUCAAUUCUCAUUUUGCUAACAAAAAAUGCCAGGAUGUGAUUGUGGCAGCCAGAAACUUGAUGACCUCCGAAAUACACAACACUGUAAAGGUCACACCUGAUUGCUCCAUAGCAAUACCAAAACUGCCCAACACUGGGGCGGGUGAUAACGUAAAAGCCCCAGAAGCCUCCAAAACAGCACCCAGUGAGCUGACGCAUUUGGAGAAUGAGGCCAAACUGAGUCCUCAUAUGUUCUCUCUGCCUACCUGCCGCAUCAGUGCGUCUGUGGAGAAAUUGAUGGACUUGGCUUAUCAGACCCUGUUGGAAGCUACCACUAGCACAGAUCAGUGUUGUAUCCAGCUCUUUUUCUCGGUGCGAAAUAUCUUCCAUUUGUUCUAUGACGUGGUGCCAAUUUACCACAAAGAAAAACUUCAGAAACUACCCCAGCUGGCGGCCAUUCAUCACAACAAUUGUAUGUACAUUGCCCAUCACUUGUUAACCCUAGGACACCAAUUCCGAUACCGCCUCACCUCCGUACUGUAUGAUGGAGCAGCUACCUUCGUGGACCUGGUGCCUGGCUUUAGGAGACUUGGGAUGGAGUGUUUUUUGGCCCAGAUGCGUGUGCAGAAAGGAGAACUCCUGGAGAGAUUGUCAAAUGCAAGGAAUUUUUCCAAUUUGGACAACGAGGACAACUAUUCUGCAGCAAAGAAAGCAACACGACAAGUACUGCACCAGCUAAAGAGACUUGGCAAAGUAUGGCAAGAUGUGCUUCCAGUCAAUGUCUACUGCAAGGCCAUGGGGAUCUUACUGAAUACAGCGCUCAGUGAGGUUAUUAAUAGAGUCACGGCUUUAGAGGAUAUCUCUGCUGAGGAUGCAGACAGAUUGCACUUUCUAUGCAGGGCUAUACUGGAAGAAGGACCUCUGGUGUUCACUCCAUUACCCGAAGAAAACAAAAAUAAGAAAUACCAAGAGGAAGUUCCAGUCUAUGUUCAGAAAUGGAUGACGUUCAAAGAGCUGAUGAUGAUCCUACAGGCCAAUCUCCAAGAAAUAGUAGAUCGAUGGGCAGAGGGCAAAGGGCCCCUCGCAGCUGAAUUCUCCCCCGUGGAGGUAAAGAGUUUGAUCCGAGCCUUAUUCCAGAACACCGAGAGGAGAGCAGCGGCCCUUGCCAAAAUUAAAUAGUCUGUGAUUAGUCCUGCACAACAGACUUUUCCCAGGUCUCAAAUUGUUAUCUGGAUUUUACCCUUUUUAUACCAGGCUAAAUCUUUACGAAGGCACUUUCUGGAGGCCUGGCCAAUGGGGAAGAAAACCUCUUGCACCUCAGCAUUUAUAAAAAUCAAUGCAGAUUUGCUUCCUGAAACAAAGGAAAAUACUGUGGCAGUGGCUCUUAUUUACUGCAUCCACUUCCCAGAGAGCGCACUGUUACGUGACAAAAGAGCUUGUUUGUAGCACAGAAUACAUCAACAUUUUUCUCAUUUAUUUGUA